AUGGCCCCACUUGGUUGCGUGCUGGCUGCCCGGACUUUACCAAUGUCGGAGUCACCCCGCGACGAUCCCUCCUAUGAGCUCCUGGGGCGCCAGAACAGCUGGGAGGGAAACGACGACACCUUGGUCCCGCGCGAGAAUGGCGAGCCAUCUGCGCCCCCCCAUCACGAGGAGCACCAUGAUGGGCCCUCAGAAGCUCCUGCUCCCGCUACUGCUCCUACUGAGGACGCCUCAAAUGAAACAGCUAGACCUGCCCGGGUUCGAUUUCGCUCGAUCAGCAACCACAAUGAGGGAGUGCCUCAACGCCCCUCGAUGAUGCCGCGUGCAGACUCUGAUUUUUCCGUUCGUACAUUUCAUUCGGUCGUACCAACGGACCAAUCUGCCGAUCUGGCUGAUUACUUCGAGCGCGAGACGGGCCCGGAGGAUGGAGAAGAGGAGAACACGAACAAACGCUCGUCCCCCGCAGUCGAAGAGACUCGAGACUCUUCUCUCGAGAAGGAUACACCAGAGCAACCCAUGUCGGCCAGGGACCGCUGGAAGAACGCCAGUAAAUUGAUCCGUCAGAAGACGGUGCUCCUAGGCGAGCGUCUUGGUCGACCCCUCGAUGACGUUGGUGACUUGGGAGCAGCCAUGUUACCGGACGACCUCGAAGGAGGCUACCCACCACGCCGCAGGCCCGAAGAGACGGAGGCUUUCGAUCCGCAUGCCCGCGACGGAGAGGAACCGCCUCCCCCUCCCAGCGCAGAAGCCCAUCGACUCGUUCGCAGCAUGACCCAGCAUAACAUGCACCAACGCCGCAAGCCCAGGUCUGCCUAUGCCAAGUCUGGGCAGGAAACCCCCGAUGGACUGGGUCGCCCAGACUCGUGGUAUGGAGCUGGAACCCCCGGGAACCGCGGCGGUGGCGGCAUUCUCUCCCAACUACUCAAGUUGCAUGCCAGCCAGGCCAACCGGGACAACAUGUCCGUUACCACCGACUCUUCGGAUAACGAAUCCGUGGUCUCCUCGGGUACUGCGACCCCCAGACGGGACUUCCACUCGGGCACGUUUUCGUCAGGCACUGCUACGCCUAAGAAGGAGAAGUUGAAAUGGUAUAAGAAAUCCAGUCACCAGUCCACUGCUUCCCUGGUAGAGGCGUCGAUGAAUCUGAGCCGGGCGAGUCUGCCAGCCUCGGCGGACACCCUCGUGAAUAUUGCACCCAAGAAGGGAAAGAAGAAGCGCAAGACCCGCCUCGAGGAUGAAAUUCGCGUCACGGUACAUAUCGCCGAGAUUCUUGCCCGUCAACGAUACAUCAUGCAACUUUGCCGUGCGCUCAUGCGAUACGGCGCUCCCACUCACCGUUUGGAGGAGUACAUGCAGAUGACGGCGCGCGUUUUGGAAGUUGAAGGACAGUUUUUGUAUCUACCUGGGUGUAUGAUCAUGUCCUUCGAUGAUUCCACCACGCGCACGGCGGAGGUGAAGCUGGUCCGCGUGGUGCAGGGAGUGGAUUUGGGUCGCUUGGCAGAAACGCAUAACGUCUACAAGAAUGUCGUCCACGACAUGAUCGGUGUGGAGGAGGCCAUCCAGGAACUCGACUUUAUUAUGAAACGCCCCCCACGGUUCAACAAGUGGAUCCUCGUUGCUACGUAUGGUUUGGCCAGUGUUGCCGUCGGUCCUUUCGCUUUCGAUGCUCGACCCAUUGAUAUGCCCAUCAUCUUCUUCCUCGGAUGCCUAGUUGGUUUCAUGCAGCACGUACUGGCUCCUCGAUCAGUGCUCUAUUCCAACGUGUUUGAGGUCACGGCCGCCAUCUUGACGUCGUUCCUCGCGCGCGCGUUUGGAUCCAUCAAUGCCAAUGUCGACGGAGGGGAGGAGCGCCUGUUUUGCUUUUCUGCGUUGGCUCAGUCCUCGAUCGCCCUGAUCCUGCCUGGUUUCAUGGUGCUGUGCAGCAGUCUGGAACUGCAGUCGCAUCAAAUGAUUGCCGGUUCAAUCCGUAUGGUGUACUCCAUCAUUUACUCCUUAUUCCUAGGGUAUGGCAUCACGGUCGGCACGACCAUCUAUGGACUGAUCGACGGCAAUGCUGCCACCUCGACGACCUGUUCGAAUGAGGGCGUGUGGUACAGCAAGUAUAUCCAGCAUUUCAUUUUCGUCCCAAUUUACGUGGUAUUUUUGGCGAUCAUCAACCAGGGCAAAUGGAAGCAGGUGCCGGUGAUGAUCGUCAUCGCGGUCUGCGGCUACGUGACCAACUACUUCAGUACUCUGAAACUGGGAUCCAACUCGGAGGUCGCGAACACGGUCGGUGCCUUCACCAUCGGUCUCUUGGGCAACCUAUACAGUCGACUUUGGCACGGUCACGCCGCCACCGCCAUUCUCCCGGGUAUCUUCGUGCUUGUGCCGUCCGGGCUGGCAUCCAGUGGAUCUCUCCUCGCCGGUAUCCAGUACGCCGAGGAGGUGCGCAACAACCUGAAGUCAGGCAACACUACAUCGACAGACAGCACCUCGAGCACGUCGAUCGCGAGUCUGGGUUUCGGUAUGAUCCAGGUCGCGAUCGGCAUUACCGUGGGUCUAUUCAUUUCCGCAUUGAUUGUAUAUCCCUACGGCAAGCGCCGCAGUGGUCUCUUCAGCUUCUAG